AUGUUUGCUAUUGGUCUAGGCGGUGAAAAAGAAAUUUUCACUAGAGAUGGUAAUAGAUUUUUCGAUGAAGCACCAAAACAAAAGGAUCAACGACUUCUUCAUUCAAAAGCUGGUCUUUUAAGUAUGUCGUUACACGAUCGUUCGACGAAAUUCCUUAUCACACUUGGUCCUAUGCCAUGCUUGGACGAUGAUUAUGUUGUAUUUGGCGAGGUGACAAGGGGCAUGCAUUUAUUAAAUUCAGUUAAUCGAAAAGGUAUUCGUAAUAAUUCUCGUGGCAAUGUUGCUAAUCUUGGUAAACAAGCUACUGCUGUUGGUGCUUUUCAAAAUGAUAUUUUAAUGGGUGAUGUUCAAAUUGGUAGUGCUGAUGACACCAUUGUUAAUCUUCAAGCUAGUGGUGUUGGUACUGGUGAAAAUGAAACAGAAGUUUAUGAUGGUAUUUAUCAUAAUGAAAUAUCAAUCCGUGGUACACCAAUCGAUACUAUUGUUAUAUACGCCUGCGGCGAAAAAGACUGA